AUGUUAAGCCAGGUUUUAGCCGAGCUAGGCUGGGAUGAAGGCUUGGCUGUGCCUGAGGCUAAUGCUGAAAACAGAGCUCUUCAAGCUGAGAUUUAUGAGACGGAGAAGAGGAACAUGCAGCUGGAAAACAAACUGGAGGGAUUCAAGGACCAAAUCAACCUCGAAUGUGAGCAGUUGAAAACUGUCAAGCAGGAGCUGUCACACACUCAGGCUCUGCUUAAGGCUAAGGAGAGAGAGACGGAUUUGGAGAGGCACUUCAAAGCCCUGGCAGAGAGAGAGACAGGUCGCCUGCAACAGGAGAUGGGAAAUCUGGAGAAUGAGCUACGACUUCUGAGAGAGAAGAAGAACGCACAAGAGAACACGAUCUUCAAGGCCACCCAGAAGCUGGAGGAGCUCAGGGUCCGGCAGAACUGGGACCAGCAGACCCUGGACGCCUGGCUAGAGGAGUCGGCGCGCAAAGACGAGGAAACCAUGGCCAUCAUCAAGUACGCCCAACAGGACGAGCACAGGAUCAAGGUGCUGACUGUGGCUAUAGAGAAGAAGACGCUGGAGGCCAACCAAAAGCGCAAAGCACUGGACCGUGAAAUGACUGAGACAAUAUCAGCACAGAUUGCUUUGGACAAGACCGCAGAGAAUUUACGGCAGGCCCACCUGGAGAGACAGGAGCUGAUCCACCAGUGGUCGAACACCAUCGAGCACCUGAGGAAACGAGACGCCGAGAUGCAGCAGUGUGCACUGCGUCUCGCCGAAGUCAACCAGGACAUCCGAGAAAAGAACACCAUCAUUAAAGAGAAGAAGCACUUUCUGGAGACUGAGAUAAAGAACAACAAGGAGUAUGAGAGGAAGAUUACCGUGGCCAGCCAGCAGGGAACAAAGCUUCGUCAAAAUCUGAAGGAGCAGGAGAGCAACCGCAGCAGGCUGAAGGAUGAGCUGGACAGUAUCAAGGGCAACCUGGAAAGAACAGCUGCCGAUGUGGAGACUGUGAGGUCGCACAUAUCCAGCAUGAAGAAAGACACUCAGGACAAAACUGACAAACUGCAGGAGGCCAGGCUCCACAAUGCUGGACUGGAGGAGAAGCUGAAGGCGGUGACGCAGACAGCCCUCAGCGUGGAGGAGAGAGCCGCCCAGAUGGACCAGCUGCUCAAGGACGAGGAGCAGGCCGUCAAAGAGCUGGAUGUCCAGCUGCAGCGCCACAGGGAGGCGCUGGCUCAUCAGAAACAAGAUCUGCAAACUCUUUGGACGAAGGAGAGGGAUGCCCUUUCCCAGAUCUCGCGGAGCAAAGCUACCAUCACCAGCCUGGAGAGCCAUCUUGGCAAACUGGAUCAGUACUCCCUCAAGCAGCAGGAGAUCAUGUACAACCAGGAGCUCCAGAUCCAGCAGCUGAAAAGAAAACUGGCUCGGCUGCAAGGUGAGGUCAACACAGAGGAAAAGCAAAUGUUAGAGGAGAAGGUCACGGAGCUGACCAGUGCCCUGAGCGAGAAGAGGAAGGACGCCAAAAUAUUCACCACACAGCUCAAGGACCUUGAGCACAGCAUCUCCUGUUUGAGGAGGGAGAUCGAGAGAAUGGGAGUGCAGAAGAGAGACCUGACCACCAAGAUAGAAGAGCUCAAUCUGAUCAAUGAUGUCUCAGAAAAGGAGCUGAAGAGACUCCGGCUCAAGAAACAGGACACCAUGGUGGAUGACAGCAUCUUGAAACUGGAAAUUGAGCGCUUGAGGGAUCUGCUGUACAACAAGGCAGACAGCAUGCUGUCCAUGGAGAAGAGGAAGCUGGAGCUGCAGACGGCCAUGAGAAAGAGAGAGGAGGAGAUCAAGGUCUACAGAGAGAUGCUCAGUAAGAAGGUCAAGAUCAAUGAUCAAGAGAGACAGGCACUCAGUCUUAAAUUGCAUGAAAGGCUGUCCAAGAUUGACAUAAUGAGAAAGCGCUAUGAGGUCUUGACCAUCUCAAUGGCUGCUCCUGAGGGAGAGGAGGAGAAAUCGCAGGCUUAUUAUAUCACAAAGGCUGCCCAAGAGAAAGAGGAGCUCAAGCGGAAGGGGGACAGCCUGGAUGCCACAAUUCGCAAGAUGGAGGUGGAAAACAGAGCGCUCGAGAACACCAUUCAGCUGGUCAACAACAACAACUCGGCGUUCCGUAAAUCCCUCAAGAAAGUCGAUGAAACCAGUCCAGAGUACCAGGAGAAGCUGAAGCUGGAAGAGCAGCAGAAGGCAGCGGAAGAGAAACUGAUGUUUAAGAAAAGACAAGUCAGAAAGCUCCAAGAAGACAUUCAGGACAUGAACAAUACCCUGGGCUGCCUGCUGCAAGACAAGAAUGCGCGGAAUGAGAAAACAGAGCAGACUCAGUCGCACGUCAUUCAUCUGAAUAAAGUCGUGGCUUCCCAGAAGGAAAAGCUUGACAGAGCCACCAAACAGUGCGCUAAGCUGACCAAAGAGAUCCGCUCUGCAAAUCAAACCAAGACGGAGACAUUUGAGGAGCGCGAUAUCGAGCUGAGGGAGAUGAGGGAAUUGUACAGGACUGUUUACAGGAUGCUGCACGAGGCCACGGAGGAGAAACCUGACCUCAGGGAGGCGCUAGAGAAGUACCUCCUGCAGGCCAAUCUGCCUCUUCUGUCUCCUGCUUCCACUCCUGCCAGCCGCCUGAGCUCCAAGACAAACUCUGCUCGCAGCUCUGCCUCUGCCAGGUCUGUGGGCUCCUCGGCCAGCAGCAGUCCCAGGACCUCUGCACUCCAGUCCCCCACUGUUAAGACGGUGGAGCUGGGCCUGGGUCUGACUGUGACCUCCCCUCCUCGGACCGCCUCCCCGCGUCUCUCCAGCUCGGCCAGCAGCAGCAGCAGCACUCACAGCCACACCAAGAAGGCUUAG